GGUGGCCUAUGUCGGCAGCUGCUUCUGGUAAUUGCCCUGAAGGGGGAAAAAAUGGCUGCCUUAGAAAGGGUGAAAGUGCUUGUGUUGGGUGAUUCAGGUGUGGGAAAAUCAUCACUUGUUCACCUAUUAUGUCACAAUCAGAUGCUGGGAAAUCCAUCCUGGACGGUUGGCUGCUCUGUUGAUGUCCGUAUUCAUGACUACAAAGAAGGAACUCCAGAUGAAAAGAUCUAUUUCAUCGAAUUAUGGGAUGUUGGUGGUUCUGUAGGCAGUGCUAGUAGUGUGAAAAGCACACGUCUUAUGUUCUACAAUUCAGUUAAUGGAAUCAUUUUAGUGCACGAUUUAACCAACAAAAAGUCCUCCCAAAACUUGUAUCGAUGGUAUUUGGAAGCUCUCAACAAAGACGUGACUCCAUCUAGCGUUCUGGUGACAAAUGGAGACUAUGAUCGGGAACAGUUUGCUGAUAACCAGAUUCCACUGCUUGUCAUAGGAACAAAAUUAGAUCAAAUCCCAGAGACAAAACGCAAUGAGGUCUUGAGCAGAACUGCUUUUCUGGUUGAGGAUUUCAGUGCAGAAGAAAUCAAUCUGGAUUGUACAAGUCCUCGUUACUUGGCUGCAGGUUCCUCCAAUGCUGUCAAGCUUAGCAGAUUUUUUGAUAAGGUUAUAGAAAAGAGAUACUAUAUACGAGAUGGUAAUCAGAUUCCGAGCUUCUCAGAAAAAAAGAGAAUGGGAAGUGGCUUUGUAAAGAAUUUUCACUAUGACUGAUUCUCUGCUGUGCCAUCUAUAGAGAGUGGAAAAUGAAAUGAAUUACCUUGUGUUGAAUGCAGCAUUCUGGUGCUAAGCAAAAUUAGAUCCUAUCCCAAUCAGAGUUCACAGAACUGUCUUCCAAGAUUUAUUUAGAAAGAAGCUGCAAUUCACUUAUUUGCGAAACAUAAUGAGUACCUCCCUUUGUUGUAGAGUAUGAUGUCUCAUAUUACAUUUUUCUUCAUUAUUAAUUUGCUGUUAACAAAUAAUUAAGUCACUGAUGAGUGGAUGGCUAGGAAAGAGAUUCUACAACAAUUAUACUAACAGCAUUCCCACUUAUUCCAACAGAUACUAUGUCACUGAGAGCAAUCAGAGCUAAGGGAUCUCUGACUUAAACAUAUCUAUGAAUAAUAAUGACUCAAACAUGAAGGAAUAGUAUCGGCAAAGCAAGCUUGCAAAUAAAUGAUACUAUUCAAGACUUUAAAAAUAGCCA